CCGUAUUGUGCAUCAGUGUGCGCUCGUAAGCGUGAGCGGUUUUGUCCGUGGUGGUGUUGUGUUGUACGUCGUCGGUACGUUGUGUCAGCUGCCGUGGAAUACUGUAUCUAAUCCGGGAGGUAUUACGGAAAUUUCCCCUCGCAACGACGGAAAUUAAAGCGAAUCACGAAAGCAGCCAGUCAUAAAUAUGGAUAACUACGUCAAGAAUUUACUCAACGGCUGGAACAUGUCGGAGCUGAUCAAAAUUUUUCAAGAGGAAGAAAUCGAUGAAAGUGCAUUCAAGUGUCUGAAAUACGACAUGAUUAAGGAGAUAAUCCCGAAGGUGGGCAAACGGGCCAAGUUUGUUCAGAAGUACGAGGAAUACAAAGAGAAUCUAACGGAACGACCGGCAUUUGGUGAGCUGCAGCUGGAUGAGAAGGACCAACCAACCAAAGCUCCACAGAAAGCGCCGCAAAUCAACUGGCCCCGAAUCGAGCGCGUUUGCGGCCCGGUACCGAUCUACCUCAAAAACCUGCUGAAAAUGUGCGGCUACGAGCAGGAAAGCAGUCUGCGGAACCUGAACGAUGACGAUUUCGUCGACAUGGAACGUUUCGCCCGGGAGGAACUGAUCCACCUGGUACCGUCGACGCAGUUCUACUUCCACAUAUUCUGCAACGAUCCGGCGCGAGAGUUUCGGCUCGUUCCCGGACACCGGAAGCUGCUGAUGCAAAUGAGUGCCUACCUGAACUACACGAACGCCGCCAGCGAGCUGCAGCGGAUGGAGCCAAUCAUGAACAACCGGAUAGAACGUCCACCGCCGGCCGAACGGAUCGAGCGCGUUGAACGUCCCGAUCGUGUGACAGACAUCAAUCUGGUGCGAGAGCUGCGCGAACAACGUGCCCUUAUGCAGCAGUUACAGUUGCAGCAGCACCAGCAACAGCAGGAACUAGCGAAUCAACCUCCAGAGAUCCUACAGGAUCACAUACCGGAAGUGAAAAACAUCUCCACCAAGAAUCCGCCGUUUGCGUUCGAACAAGCUACUGUCUAUCCGCCCCUCAGUGAUGAAGCCCGGGUCAAAAAAAUCCAGAACAUCAUCAUCAAGCUAAUCGAAAUGUGGAGCGAUAAGCAACCGAUCAAGCUGCAGCUGACGGACGAGAUGAUCAACGUGACGUACGAGCUGAACGGCUACAACGCCUUCAUCAAGUGUCCGAUGUGUGCCGUCCAGAUCAAGGUGUCCAAGUUGCCCACCAAAAAAGGCGACCGGUUUGUGAUCUCAAACUUCUCGAAGCAUGUCAUCAAAAUGCACUUCUCACAGCAGCAACAGCAGCAGCUGUCGCAGUCCCAGCAGCAGCAGAUGAACGACAGCAGUCGGUCCAGUUUGGAGAAUUCGGCAUUCUUCGGCGGGGAAAAUUCCGACAGCAACAACUAUCCGUACGACGAGUUUUCGAUCAAACGAGCACGAAUGGAAGAGGAAGAAGACGACGAACCGGAUAUCCUGCCUCAGAUGUUGCAUCCCUAUGUCAGUAUCAAGGAUGAGGUGAUAGAUUUGGAUGCGUAGUUUGGCUCUCUAGGGAGGUGUUCCUGGCGACGACGACGGCGCAAACCGAUCCGGAACGAGCUUCCUCGAGUUGGCUGAUAAUUGAACACAUUAUGCACAGUGGAGAAGCAUGCGUCAAAAUAACAACGGACGCAAUUUAGAAACGGCUAGAAGUCAUCUGAUUAAAUAUGAAUAAUCUCGUGUGAAAAUUUCCGAACACUAGGAAAGUUACGGAUUUUGCUCAUUUCCUCCGAUUUUGCAACUUCUUGAAUUAUACCAAGCAAGAGUUUCAGCAAAAAUAUUGUGUACCUUUACUAGCAGAAUUAUGUGGAAAUUUUUUUUUCUUUCACUUACAUAUUGAGAUUUUGCGCUCAAAAAUGCCUUUUUGAUUAGUUCAAAAUAAUCAAGUUUAAUAUUGUUAAAAGCACAAAAAAAUCAGAAAAACUGGGAUGUUUCUGGCGACAAGUAAUCUGAAUUGCAUCCGUUUUGUUGGCGCGUUUCACUAUUCAACUGUGCAUGAUUUUCACCAGGACCUAAAAUAUCCCUUCAACCACACGAUCUGGGACCCAUCAAACUGACAAGCAUAACUAGUAGGAACGCUCUUCAUCUAAUGGUGAAUUAUUGAUGUGUAAAUUAUCAGCCAAAUCGAAGAAGUCAAUUUCGAGUAAUUAAUUUAUUUUUUGACUUGGCGUGGAGCCUUGGAACGCCUCCACUUUGCGUUAGGUAUGAUAGAAGCAAAUUGUACUCGGUAUACUGGAAAUAGCUAAAUUGAUAGCAAAAUGGACGCUACAGAGAACUCACUAGAUUUAGGGCAAGUAUUUAUAGUAAUUCACACAAGACAACUAGAGUUAGCUGUUACACGUGUAAGUGACACAUCAUGGAAUAUUGAAAAGACUUUGCCUUUUUUGUUUAGUAUUCUGUUUCUAAAAUUAAGGCUAUGAUGUGUAAAUAGGCUGAUAGAUUUAGAGCAAU